UUCCAGAAUAUUUCGGAUAUUUAUAUAUGGUAUAAUUCAGGUCAUUUCUGGAAGAAUGGCAAGCUUUAAGACUGGGAGAGAAAUUAGCGAUGCCGACAGGAAAAAAUUUGAGACGGUUUUUCAUCAGUCUGAUCUGGGCAGGAAAGGUUAUUUAUCCCGAGAAGAUCUUAAGGUAGCAGUGGUCAUGUUAUUCGGAUAUAAACCAUCGAAGUCGGAGACAGAUAUGCUGAUGGAGUCUGGCUCUUAUAAGGACUGGCCAGGGGUCCCACUGAAUCAGUUUACGUCUCUCAUGGGGCGGAAGAUGUCAGCAGAAGAUCCGUAUGAGAAGAUGAGGCAGAUCUUCAGUGCCUUUGAUGUUCACUGUCGUGGCUUCUUGAAACUGGAGGACUUCAAAAGCGCCUUCAAGCGAGUUGCUCCCCACCUGCCAGAGAGAACAGUGCUUGAGGCUUUCCGUUCAAGGCUUCCGAGGCAGAGGAAGGUUUCUCUUCCUGCCACACGACUUCCCCAUCAGGGCUGGUAAUAGAGUCAGUCAGCUGAAAAUGAGCAGCUCUCCACAUCCAGCACCUGUCUAGGGAACGACCACCACCCGGAUGUGAAAUAAGUCUGACAACGGCUCACUCAAGUCAAUCAGACAGCAUUUACCUGCAAGGUACGUGGAUCUGGAUUCUGAUGGUCAUGUCAGCUUUAAGGACUUCGAAAAUGUCAUCAGCUAUGGUUUGGCAAACAUCUGAGACUACAUAAAGAGAUUGAAAACAUCAGAUGACCUUAACUAGACUAGACACCAUGAUUGCACAACUAUUUAAAUUAAUUUAAUUGAUUUGACAGAGCUGUAAGC